AUGGGUAACCACGGUGGAUUCGAUCUUGACGGUAUGUCGUCGUUAACAAAAUGCAUUGUUUCUUCUCCUCCAUAUAUGGAAAAUGGUUUCCUUAUAUAUAACGAUAACUCGACAAAACCGGCUUCCGAGUUAAAAACGAAGGCAAACAGAACAGACGAGUAAACGUGGUGGAAGCAAACUGAAGGGACAAGAAAUAAAUUUACAUCGUAAGGGGCAGUAACACAGCCGGAGCAGGAACAGCAGCAGGUGGCGCGUUGAAAAUGUACGCAGGCAAAACCACGACCGGCAGAAGAGGUUGUUCAUCGGCAACGAUUAGGAAUAGCAGGGAAAACAAUCCUUCCGCCCUUGCAGCCAAACUAGACAAAUUUCGUUGGACACGUGUGUUUUACUUAUAUACACACACACGCCUGAAAUAGAGCUCUCGCUUAGUCAAAAUUAAGACCAGUAUUACGCGAACGAGCACUGGGGAUGACUCACAUUUUCUCAGAUGGAGGUUUUAUAAUUCACUGACUAUUCCCUGACCGACUUAAGUUUCUUUUUUCCAACCUCCUAAAUUCAUUAUGUUAAUAACACCCGAUUUCCAGUCAAUUGUCUUAAAAACAGGUAUGGCAUUGUUUACAAUUAAAUUCGUACUUGCUUGGGCUUACAUGUAACACCAGCUGGUUUAUCACGCGGAUAGGUGGGUAUAGAAUCGCCGGUCGCACGAGCUUGGUUUGGUUCUCAAUGUUUUGAUGAUUCUAAGGUGUCUUUGGUAAAAUAUUUUUGUCCUUUACAACCUCGAAAUGUGGUGCUUAACAAGGUCAACACUUUGAUUUACGGCGCAAAAAACUGUUAGAUCAUGAGUAAGUAAGUCUGAAGAGAAACACUAGUACUUUAACAGCACGUGGGAAGUCACCCGUAUAACGGACACGACGCACGACGUACGUGAGGCAAUUGAAGCUCUCGAUAGCGCCUCGCAAGUCACGUGUUUUAGUCUGGUCUCUAGAGAUUUUUAGAAUCUUGUUUACUGCAACGACAAACGCUAAUUUGUAUAAUGUGACUACGUUUUACCUUUGUUUGUCGUUUACUGUUCAUGAACCACACAAAUAACUUUUUUUGCGCAGUUUUUAUUCCUAAUUUGUGAAAUAUUGUGAACCUGCAUCUCAAGGUUGCACAGUUUGACAUGAUGUACACUGAUUUACACACGGAUGAAUGAGUUCUAUGUGUCCCACGAAAUCACAGUCCACACCUAUUUAUAGAGGGAUGGAAAUUGAACAAAAAAAAAACAUAAAAAAAUCACGUUUUCCUCAGUGGCUAGGUUCUGUCGCAAUCAUACAAAGGCGUGAUUAUUAUUAUCAUUAUUUUAUUUUUUUUAUUAUUAUUGGUUGGGAGGGGGGCUGUGUUUGUGUUUGUGUAUUUUUCUUUAUUGAUGAAUUGAUAAAGGGAUCUCUCCAAAAUGUUUGUUUUUGUAUUUAACACAACACUUUUUACACGUGAGUGAGAAACCUUAUUUUCACGAGAGCGUUUAUAAGCGAAUUCGAUUUAUAGUUCCCGCCGAGUAUUCUCCUGAACUAAAGUACAUAUUUAUAACGUAUUUUAUUAAGGUCGGCUUUACAGAGAACGCUGACAAAAAGGUCAGCAUCGACAAUAUCAGAAUAGAAUAUAAAUAAUGAGGAAAGAUCAGAAAUAUCCAGAGGGCACCCAACGACGCUUCCUCCUGAAUACACUGAAAACACUUCUAAGGCUAUCCAUAGUACUUUUAGAUCUCUAGAAGUACAUUUUAGCGGCGCUAUAAAAUUUGUAUCUGUUCGGUCAUGCUGGGGGAACUUGAGUCUUCUCGAAAUGACAAGGGCUUCAGGUUUAUUUUCCCGAAAAUUUUAGACGCAAUUCAACUUAUUACAAAAGUGAGAAUUUUUCUGAUUUCUCUCUCCAUCACAUUUUUGAGUCUGAAAGUUUUAGGUUUCCUUUUUCAACAAAAAAAAAAAUGGCCUAACCAGGGGAGUGAACUGUGAAAAAUUAAACUUUAGAAGAUCGUAGGGAAUAUAUUAUUCUUGGGAACGGUCAUCUAGAAAUUUUAAGCCGUCACUUGGGAUCACCAGAUAGCAAAGGCUAAUUUGAGGCGGGUUGAAAGCAAUUAUUAUAAAAUGCAUUUAGACACACAGCAUCGCUUAGAAAGUUUGCCUUGAUGAUAGGCGCUUUCUCAUUUCACUAGACUAGAUAAUUAAUUAAGAAGACAAUCAAGUAUGGAUAUCGUAAUUAAAGGCGCUACGAAAUCAUGUUUAGUGUUAGAGAAUUUGACUUAGUGACACUUGUAGACAAGUUAUAUUUCCAAAGAAGAGACAGCAAAUCAGUUUAGGGAGGGUAAAUCUUAUACAGUGGUACCCUCGGGUGGUACCUUUGUUUGCCUGGUGUAAAGUUGAAACUACUUGUUUACAACUGACCGAAAAAAUAAAAUAAAAAACUUCGACAUAAAUAACCCAAUCUUAAGUGAUCUGUAGAAAUAAAUUAAGACAAAGUAUUCCUUGUAGUCUAUGAAAAUGAAAUAGCCAUGAAAAUGUAUGGUUCCAGGUUUUGAUGGUCUGACCGUACAGAUUUUCAUUUAACACACAGCAGGGGCGGAUCUAGGGGGAGGGAGCAGGGGGUGCGCACCCCUUCCCCCUGAGAUGACCUGCGGUUUUCUAGUAUAACUGGUAUUCUCCAAAAAAAAAAAAACUACGUGGUUUAUUGGUAUUGAAGUAGAGCAAGACACGAGUGCACCCCCUCCUAAAAAAAAUCCAGGAUCCGCCCCUGCACAGUCGUAUAAAACUUCAUUCUAAUUGUUCCUUUGACGUCUAUACUGGUUAUGUUACUGUUAUCUCACUGAAAUAUUCAUACUGUUUUUGUUUUGAAACCCUCAAUAUCUUAUUUAGACAUAUUUUCUAGUUCAUAAAAGUGCCGGCCACUGUAACAGUUCACAAACAAAAACGAAAAGGGUAUGGAAACCCUCAACAACUGCACGAUUAAUGAAAUUCAUGAAUUGGCGCCACAAAAGCACACUCACUUCUAUGUAAAAAAAAAAGAUUUGAUGAGGUAAUGCCGGGCUUUACAGUAUAGUAUCCCUAUAGUAAGCGGGCAAGAAAAGUAUUUUCGAAUACACUGUUUAUACUGCAGUUGGUAUUUCAAAACAAUUGCAAAAACCAGCUGGAGCAUGACGCGAUUUUGUAAUGUUUACAUUAACAUUUAUGCUUUAAAACUGUGCGAAAACGUGAGGUUGAUCAAACGAGCCCUUCGGCUGGACUGAAGAUACCAAGCAGUUUCCUAGCGUGUGCCAGUAAUUGAUUCUCGAUAAACUUUUAACCGAUAUCUAGCACAUUCAAAAGGUAAGAUGAAAAAGAACUAUGGAAAUAUUUGUCUGUAUCUUCAUAACUUUCAAAUAGACCAAUUUCUAGUCUCAAAGAAACUGGCCGAUCAGUCUAUGACAGUAUUGGAAAUAUCGACAGAGGGCAUUUCUUAAUCAUAAAUUGAAUACGUUAUCAAUGAUUACCCUUAACUAUUUUCUUCAACUUAUGACCUACUUUCAAUUCAGUAAUGGUAUUACUGAAACACCUCAAAAUUAACCACUUUUUCAUUGUUUUCUUGUUUAGUAAUGGAACCUUUUAUAGACGACCAAGCAAAAAAUCCGCGCAAACGGCAGAUGUCAAAAGAAAAGCGCCUCCUUGCGAAUCGCCAUGAGAGAGAGCGGGUGCGAAAAAUGAACGACGCCUACGAAGAAUUACGAAGCACGAUUCCGAACUACGAAGAAACCCGAGUUAAAACGAAACUAGAGCUAUUGCAAAUAGCUACAAACUACAUCCAAACUCUAAAAGAGCAUCUUCAAAGCAUCAUUAACAGCGGCUACAACUCUAGAUCUUCGAUAAAUCAACUGAUCUACCCGCCGAGCCUUGGAAUGGAAUCUAAUGGAACCUCUAAACCGGGGCAUCGGAAUUCAGAGUAUCCCUAUCCACCUUUGUUUCCAGUUCCCCCUGUUCCAACGUCCCAACUCAGCCUACGUCAAUUCGGAAUUCACAAAUCAAGCUCCAACAGACCACAUUUUCCAAGAUCGAUGACGAGCCCCAUGGUGGAAAGUCAUGAAAACUCAACGCAUGAUUUCUGUGGCCUAUUUUCCAGUAGUCUCAACGAUUUGCAUCUCGAUGAAGAUUUUCUUUACCAUUUACAGGUAGUUAUAACUAGUUGAGUGAGAUAAAGAACAAUUGAACAAAUACCCAUUCGUUUAGUCUGAUCUGUAGCUGUUGGCAUAAAAGAGUUUAGGGACCCUAUGAUAUUCCACUAAAGCAAGGAAGCUGGGACGGAUUUAUCUCUCCCUUAACUGAAAAAACUGACUGAAAACAGGUAGCGGAGUAACGGUCGUGAAGCGUCUAUUUUCCACGUCAGGGUUGUGUUUUGUUUUUGUGACAUUUGAUGGAAGACAGAACUUUGCACUCUUAUAUAUUACUGAUAUCAAAAAUAGCUGACGUCAGAGAGUGAUACGUGGAGUGGCGCGGUCCGUGAUAAGUAAUUGGAAUGUAUGAUAAUAAUAAUAAUGAUAAUAAUACUAAUAAUUAAGUAAUACUACUACAAUUAAUAAUAAUAUUAAUAAUAAUAAUAAAUGAGUUUAUUAACAGGGAAUCCAUGAUAAUAAAUGAUAAUAGUAAUACUACAUACCACUACAAGUGACAAAAAUGAUAAUCGUAAGUAGGUUGAGUAUGACCGUCCACAAUUUACAGGCGAAACAUUAAAUCGACCGAGACGGGGAUAUGUAUUACGUAUUCUACAGACUACUAUCAACGACUCACUUUUGAAAGUUGGUUUACUAACUUAGAACAAACGCCAGUGGAUCGUAGUCAAAUUACCGGCACCGAACAAAACGACUUAUUGACGGAAUCAAGCAAAACUAACUACCAGAGAAGGACUGGACAACUGACAAUUUGUCUAAAAUUAAACGACUGUUUAACUGCGACAAUAGACGGAUCGAAACGUGGCAGUGACAUUACGAAUCUACAUAGCCUAUAACAUCGCGACUUAAUUGACCAAUCAGGUCAAUGUCCAGGGUUUAAUACCAUUAACUGACGUGAUACAAUUCACUUUGACUCUGAUGACUACCUCACAAGUUGUCGAAACGUCAGUCACUGUCAACAACAAAAGUCCUAUUCAGGUCUACGUUCACCUACACGAUCAUACUCAACUUACUUACGAAAUGACUCCCGGAUUCAAACGUUUCACAGCUUCACAAAACUGAUAAUGAUGAUGAUAUCUAAUGAUGUCUAAUGUGCAUAAAAAUAAGAGAGAUUUAUUUACUAAGGCAAAUUUCAGAAACAUUCACUUAUCGAACUCUAUACUCACCUUUUCUUAAGAUUUAAGACAGUGUUUGAAGUUGUCCCGUUAAAAACAUUUAUCUUGUCUUUCUCCAAAUAGAUUGCAUCAUCCAGCCUGUACCACGGAGAUAACUGAAACUGAGAGGAGAUCCUCCCCUGGAGAAGCUAGUCUUUAUAAUAACCAAGAAAGAAUAAUUAUAAUACUCUCUCUUGUAAUAACGUAAUGUAUAGUUUAAAAUUUAAACAGUGUGAAUUUCCAAGCCUGAUAGAUUUCAACUUUUAACUUUUUUCGUAAACAUAGUUCUAUCAGUAAAAUAGUUCCAAGUUAGUUCUUGCACAGUGAUCCUUUAUUUUGUUUCGGUGGCUUAAAUUAUAUAAUGGUUUAGAAAAUGACCGAAAAAUCGUAAGGACUAACUCUAUUUCGGGGAGGUGUCGUCUUUUGAUUGUUCGACUGCAUACAUAUAUAUUUUACAAUUAUUUACCGAAGGCGAAGUUCAUGAACUGAGCCUGACGUGAGUAAUAUUUUUACGCACGAAGUGAUCUCAACAGAAUCAGAAAAGUAACAUAUAAGUAGCAUAGUUGUGAUGUUUUACUCCGGUUUUUUGGGUGGAAUCUCAUUAACUUGCGGUAGAAUACAUUAACGCCGGUGACGUCGUUGUCUUUAGUCUUUAUCUCAUAAAGUAAAAUGCGUAGGAAUGUCAUUAAGAUAGGGUCAUGUGCUAGUUCUAGUUGGUUUAACCGGUUUCAAAGGUUUUUAGUUAUUCUUAGGUCGCUAAAUGUCUUGGUUUUCUGUUGGUUGAUUAGAAAAUAUGAAACUUUUUUAUUGGUUAAUUCAUGGUGUCUGAGGAAUAAAGUCAAAAUCGCAUGUGCCUUAAAUUACUGAGCCGUAACGUAAUUAGUUAUAUUUUUUCCUCUGUCAUUGUCCUAGUUGCGGUUUACUGAUUCUUGGCGGGCAAAUCUUGCAUAUUAAUGAGGGCAAAGGCAAACUAGCUCUUUUUAGCACGGAGGAUAAUGUUUUACUCACCCUACACCCCUCCUACUCCUCCACAAUUAAUUUAUUUUUCCUUUUCUAAUUUUCCUUUUUAUUUUUAUUUUCCCUCCACCACAUCUAUAAUUAUUUAUAGUGAUAUAAAUCGUAAAAAGUGAAAAUUUUAUACCACCACCACAUUUCUAUUGUUUUCCCUCCUUGCCCUUAUUUUUAUUGUUUUCACUUAAGUCCAUUAUUUCGUAGCGCCUUUAGUUUCGAUAUCUAUACUUGAUUGUUUCAUUAAUUUAUUAUCUAGCCUAGCGCAAUAAGAAAACGCUUUUUUAUCAAAGCAAACUUUCUAACCAAUGCUGCGUCUAAAUAUAUUUUAUGAUAAUUGUUUUCAACCACCAAAAUUAGCCUUUGCUAUCUGGGUGAUCCCAACUCACUAAUCAUUAAUAUGGACAUUCCUGAUCUUUCCUCAUUAUUUAUAUUCUAUUCUGAUAUUGUCGAUUUUGAUUUUUUUUUGUCGGUAUUCUCUGUAAAGCCAAGCUGAGUUGAGCAAAUUAUAAAUCUGCGCUUCAGUUCAAGGGAAUACUUGGCGGGAACUAUAAAUUGAAUUCGUUUAAACUCGCUGAUUUCUUGCAAAGGAUACGUUUUUACUUCUCACUCACGUGUAAAAUUAAAUGCUGUUUUACUAUUCAAAAGAAAACAUUUUGGAGAGAUCCCUUCAUCAAUUCAUCAACAAAGACAAAUAUACAAAUGGUUAAAACAUCCCCCGCUCCCCGCCAAAAAAAUAACAUAAUAAUCAUAAUAAUCACGCCUGUGUAGGAUUACGACAGAAUCUAGCCACUGUCGAAAACGUGUGAGGCAAUACGAAAGUUUUCUAACUUCAUAAUCGUCAAUUUCGUCAAUUUUUGUUUUUGUUACUUACUGGUGCCAAAAAAUCAAUGCUUUGCAGGGAGGAAAAGAAAUUUUUCCGUUUUUGGGUUUUUUUUUUUGGUGCAAUUUCCAUCCCCUUAUAAACACAGGUAACCCAGGCUCUGUGAUAGUACCACAGUACGGUUCCAGUAAAAUUACAGUGUUUGUAUGGGGUAAAAAUAUCAUCCUAAAAUUUCUAGGAAAUACUAAAUAAAGAUCAAUGAAACUUACUCUGCAGUUAAUUGUUGUUGUCCUUAUUGCUCCAACGAAGUUUCGUGAUAAUUUGCAGUAAUUUGUUCAAAUUCACUCUAUCUACAAUAAUAAUAUACAAGGUAGGAAACACGAGGUGCCAUUUUCGACGACAUGCUCUCAUUCAACACAACUUUUUCCACGAAAUUCGAACUCCAACGGAAAAUAAACAUGCCAGGAUCGUAGAAAUAGGAUAGCAACAGAUAUGGAAACCAAUGAAGCUUUCCCAGAUAGAGAAACGAAUCCCACAGACUUGGAGAAACUCGAAGAAUAUAAUCCAAACACACCGAGAAUACGCUCGCCGAAGCAGCCGGGCCAGAUCAACGCGCGGCCAAGAAAAUGAAGCCUGGGCACUGUACAAAAAAAUUCCCUCCCGGGGGUCCUGGGGUGACCUUUCUAGGGACCGAUAAAUCAUUUGCCCAAGGCCACCCUCCCCUGCUGGAAAAAUACUUGAUAGAAGGCAAUUGUUCUUCCUAGCCAAUCACUAUGGCCUGUUAUAAAGAGAUUAUUUUCCUCUCGAACUAUAUUCAGCUCCUGGCGCUGGUCCUCAGAAAGUUUAUCAAACAUCAAUAGGGCAAGGUUAUAAGGGCAAAGGAAAGAACAACGAAGGACGAUUUACAAAACUUAAAACGAGCAAAAAAUAUGGUGAAUUUUGGCUCUUACCGAGGCAUUUGUACAACAGGACCAAAUUCAAAGAGAGGUGUAUCACGAUGAUUCACAUAUUUAACCGAUAGAGCGUUCACUUGUAUUGACAAGAAGUUGGCGUUUCACUGCCGCAUUAAUCGCUAAAUAUGUUAAUCGCGCUAGUUCUUUGUUUACUAGUGCACGUGCCUUUCACAUUCGUCUCAGUUAUCGCAAUUCAUAUUCUGUCGCAAUUUUCUGUAUAAUUUUUGACAUUAGUUUGUAAGCUUCACCGUUUAUUUACGAUAGUUUCGCUCGAGAGUUCACAGCAACAGUAUCUCAGUCAUCAUCUACCUUUUGUUCAACCUUGUUUUUAGCCCGCCUUGUAAGCAUUUCGCGUUGUUAUUUCAUUAGUUUCAUUACUGUUAUUUGCAUUCCUUAGUAAAAGAAAUGGGACGCCUUGUAACUCCGCAGACUCUCCUGAUUAUAUUACUUUUUUUUAGCCAUUUAAAUUCAGGCGCGUGUGCGGGGUUUGCUCUGGCAAAUGGUGAUUGGCUAGGAAGAACAAUUGCCUUCUAUCAAGUAUUUUUCCAGCAGGGGAGGGUGGCCUUGGGCAAAUGAUGUAUCGGUCCCUAGAAAGGUCACCCCAGGACCCCCGGGAUGGAAUUUUUUUGUACAGUGCCCAGGCCUCAUUUUCUUGGCCGCGCGUUGAUCUGGCCCGGCUGCUUCGGCGAGCGUAUUCUCGGUGUGUUUGGAUUAUAUUCUUCGAGUUUGUCCAAGUCUGUGGGAUUCGUUUCUCUAUCUGGGAAAGCUUCAUUGGUUUCCAUAUCUGUUGCUAUCCUAUUUCUACGAUCCUGGCAUGUUUAUUUUCCGUUGGAGUUCGAAUUUCGUGGAAAAAGUUGUGUUGAAUGAGAGCAUGUCGGCGAAAAUGGCACCUCGUGUUUCCUACCUUGUAUAUUAUUAUUGUAGAUAGAGUGAAUUUGAACAAAUUACUGCAAAUUAUCACGAAACUUCGUUGGAGCAAUAAGGACAACAACAAUUAACUGCAGAGUAAGUUUCAUUGAUCUUUAUUUAGUAUUUCCUAGAAAUUUUAGGAUGAUAUUUUUACCCCAUACAAACACUGUAAUUUUACUGGAACCGUACUGUGGUACUAUCACAGAGCCUGGGUUACCUGUGCUUAUAAAUAGUCGUGGACUGUGAUUUCGUGGGACACUGAUUUAAUAAAAUUUAUUCUUCCUUGUGUAAAUCAACUGAGACAUCAUAGCAAACUGCAACCUUGAGAUUCAAGUUGAUGAUAUUUUACAAAUUAGGAAUUAGCGAUCAGAUAAAAUGUGCAAAAAAGAGUUAAUAUUUGUGUUGUUCACAAACAGUAAACGACAAGCAAAAGGAAAAGGUGGUCACAUUAUCGUUGCAGUAAACAAGACUCUAAAUCCCUUUAGUGACGAGACUAAAACACGUGACUUGCAAGGCGCUAUCGACAUCUGCAACCCGAGAGCUUCAAUAGCCUCAUGUAUGUCAUGUCCUUUAUACGAGUUGAUUUCCCACGGGCUGAAGUGAAUCUAGUCUUUGUCAACUCGGACUAACUUACUCAUGAUCUAAAGCUUUUUGCGCCGAAAAUCAAAGUGUCAACGCUGUGUAAAACACCACAUUUCGAGGCUGUAAAAGACAAAAAUAAUUUACCAAAGACACCUUUCAAGUGUUCAUUCUUCAAACUCAGAAUCAUCAAUUUUAAGAACCAAACCAAGCUCGUUUGACCAAUUAGACUAUCCCGCCUAUCCGUGUGAUAAACCAGAUGUUAAACCCAAGCAAGUACGAAUUUAAUUGUAAACAAUUCUAUACCUAUUUUUACAGUGUUGACUGAAAAUCGAGUUUUGAGUGUUCAACAGUGUUCAACUCAAAGUACACAUCACAUAUACGAAAGCUGGAGGUAACACAAUCAACUUAAAGGGGGUGGGAAAAAGAAACUUUAGUCAAAAUCAUUUAUUACUGGGAAUCUAUUUUCAGGGUUUCUUCAUGAACAUUACAAAAAUGUAUUUGUUACCUUGGAAAACUUUUGAGGGUUGAUCAACUGUAUAUUUUGCAAAAUGCCCCGAGUGAAGGCUUUCAUGAGAUUGAAAGUAUAAAAGCGUACCCUGUAAAAGAAGCUGAAGAUCGAGGGUAAGUAAAAUCGCAUUGAGGCUGAAAACCUAUGAAGCCUUGGUUAAUGGCCUUGUGUUUGAUUAUGCAACCUCUCUUUCUAUUUUCUAGCUGCUUAACUUAUAUAUGCCAGUAUAGUAUCCGUAUGACGUACUCAACAACUGUACUAAUAAGCAAGAAAUUGGCAAGAAUCAAAGAAGGAGGGCUAACGCAAAAUUACCUCAGUUAAAGGGACAGGUUCACGGUUAAGCGCAUGCUCAUUAAUUAAAUUACGUUUUGCCAAUUUAUUAUUAAUUCUAUCGGUUAAUAAUCCCACUCACAUGUACCUCAGCGGUCUCAGAGUGUAUUUCAAAGUAGAAGUGUAUUUCAGAGUAACCUGAAGUAGGAUGGAGGAAUUCCAAAAUCGCAGAAAAAAUCAGUGGAUUAUGCCAACACUACCAACGUUGACUUUAUUGUUGACCCGACGGUUUUAUUCCAUGGUUGAUUAAUUUACAGCUAUUUGCAAAUAUUUAAAGGGACUGGUUCACGAUAAUGCGCAUGUGUGAGUUCUGACAGUAGCUGAUUGUUUUUCAACCAAUCGGAAGCGAGUUAGAUGCACGCAAGUAAAUUUACAAAAUUCAAAUUAAUUGUUCGCGACGCAAGAGUAUUUCCGGGCAUUUGGUUUGAUUUUAUUUAUCCCCAUAAUUCAACUUUAUUCUUUGCUACUCCUCAGAUAUAUGUUGCAGCCGAUAAGAAUAAGAUUUACAGCCCUGUCCUGCUUUGAAACAAACAUUUACCAACGUGUAUUUUUACGAGGUCGUACCCACGCUAACAAAACAGUGACCGAUCGGCAAACAAAAUUUGUAAACAAACAUCUUAUUACUGUUCUCUCAGUUCGCCUUAUAUAAACCCAGAAAUACCUACAAAUAGCGCCGGACCGGUGACAAAAACACACAACGUAUGAGUAUAAAGAUUAUCCUUAAAUGAGCAUAAAUUUCAAUUGCUUAUCAGCAAAUAAACAAAUUCAUUCGCGUUGCAUCGGGUCAGUGUUCCGCAAAACAAAUGUUAUCGAGUAGCACACAUAAAGAAACUAGAUUAUGAACAGAAUAUUCAGGCAAUAAUUUAUUUUAAAAACAUCAAUUAUUAAACAUAUACGAUCAUAAAGCAAAGAUACAAGGAACAUUUCAAGUGUACCAGAUCGGUGAAGAUCGCGCGGCCUGUUGCGGUAUAACUACAGGUCGGAGUCAAAAAUCAAAUCAAAGUUGAACGAACUCAUGCCUUUAACCACUUUCCAAGUGUCGUGUAUUCUUUUCGUAUGCCACACACUACUCCUAGAACCAUACCAGAUCGAUAGGCUAAGCUUCUCUAUCUCCAGAGACUCUUGAGAACGUCCUGUUGCCGGACGGCCACGAUGCUCUUCUCAACCUCCAUGAUCAAAACAUUAUUUUUUGCGUCUUCUUAAAACGUAACCAGUCAAACGACACAACCACACGUUAAUCACCACUACCGAAGUAUAACUAGACCAGCCAAAGCGACGGAUGUCUGAAUAAAACGAAGGAUUUUCAAUGAUUGUACCGGUAAUGGCGAUUUCGAAUUUAGUGUUGACCCAACAAAUUUAUUCUGAAGAGACAAACGGCGCGCAUGCGCAUUAUCAUGAACCGGUCCCUUUAAGGCGAUCAAGUGCAAGUGACUGCCUGGGGAGUGUGCAGAUUGGUUCAUUACGACAUGAUCAUAUUGCUUGCAUACACGAUACAGAAUGCCCCGGCAACAAAACAGCAUUUUGAAAAAUGAGAAUGCGCUGAACCGUGAACCUCUCCCUUUAAUAGCAAGGCUACAAAAUAUAGCCUGGAAAAAGUUCCAAUCUGCGGGCUCAACUUCCAUAAAAAAGUGAGGUAAAUCUCCUGUCUGAAUUUCACAAGCAUAGCUCAAGUAGGUUGAAAAUCAGCUAAUUUUGUUUCUCUUCCGUUUGUAAAUUAUCUCAACUUGACUUUCGUGAUUGCUAUUUAAUUACGUGGUCUGUAAUCACGUAAUCAUCAAUAGCCAUUUCUGUACGUUCUGUAUGUAACAGAUAGACAUACUUUAUGUGCUGUAAACAAUAAACAUAACACGAUUACCAUCAUGCAGUUUUUGCUCACCUAAGUUGCUUAUUUUACAUUAAACCAUCUAAGUUUGUGUAUGGCCAAAUCACAGUUGGGACGCUGAUACUUCGUAAAACCUCAUUCGUAAAACAUAAAAAAAAAUAGCAACAACAAGUUCGUUUAAAACACCAAAAAGAUUUAAAAGUUCAUUGUAAUUGUGCGUUUAACUUGAUUUUACUAAGUGGCAAACAUAAUCGAAACACUCUGGCAAUGAAUUUAAGGCAGCACUAGGAAAAUAUUUAGCACUGAAUUAAAGAACCAGUGAUUUGACUUAUACCGAGAAAUUAUACCUAAGCGUCUUUAAUAGAGACCUUAAGCACCAGGACGGGAGACACGAAGACGGCGUACCGGAAGAAACUGAUAUAAGCCUAAAUGGAGAGUGCAUUAAGCAUACGGACACGUUUAAGUACCCACCUGCACAGUCAGAUAUUGAGGAGUUAAAAUAACCCCAGAAAAGGAGUUAUCCUGUACCUAAAAUUUUUACUCCAUUUUUGGAGUUAUAAUAAGUCCCUAAAAUUACGGUGUGGGUGUUGUUCUUGAUGACACCCUUUCCUUCAAUAACCAUGUGGACUACAUGAGGAUGAAGGUAUCUAAGAUACUCGGAAUGUUUUCUAGACAAGGACAAGGAAACAGUGACAAGAUUGAACGACUACAAAGACGAGGAUCGUCUACUUCAAAGCUGUCUCAAAACUGUCAGCUGAUAAAAUUAUGACCAAACUGGGCUUGGAACCUCUCUAUUACAGAAGACGGACACACAUUUUAAGACUUUUUAAUGAGUGCAUUGCAAAUAGGGUUCCCAGAUACCCUUUUAAUCAUUUUAAUGUAAGAAACCGUGCGUGACAUUCACCGCCACCGUAAGAAAAAGUUAACUUAGAAUGCUCCAAGUGCGCUUUUUUCUACAAAGGUACAAAAAUUAAAUUUUUAAUAAUUCUUAGAAUUUAUAACUGUUCGAAUCUUCAUUUUAAUGUAACUAUUUUAUACUACUGUAAUUUGUUUUUAUCCGUAUCUUUAUUUAUUUUAAUUUAUUUUUUAUUAUUAUUUUUGUUUUUUUCAUUUUUAUCUUUUUUCUUUUAAAUUUUUUACAGGACCUGCAUUGAUAGCAGUUUUUCGUAAAACUGAUGCAGCUAUCCUCUAUAAAUAUGUUUAAAUUAUUAUUAUUAUUAUGAUUAUUAUUAUUAAGUCCAUUUUCUGGUUCAGUCAGGCGCAGAACGAAAGAAGUUGUCUGCAACCUCCCGGCGUCCUCACAACGCCAUUUUCACUGUUUUCACGUUGUGCGGGCAACGUCGCUUUCCAUGCCAAACGUUUUCGUUUUGUACUUCGACUUACCACAAUUGCCUUGUACCAAUGGAUGUGAAAAACACCAGAGGAUGCUUAGGAAAAUAAAAAAUAUAAAGUGAAGCGGCGAGGUCAAUAUUCCUAAAGCCAAUAUUCGCCGAGAUUGAAAACAACAAUUUUUUUUUAGUAUAUACACACUCAGUGAUCUUGGUCAUUUAAACAAUCUGAUUGGUUCGCUAUCUCGGACUAUUCAACAAUAUUCACCGCCUAGCGAGUGGAUAAUGUGUGAGCUCGGUGUUUUUCCCAUUCUUUUUAGAGAACGAUCUUUUAAAAGUCGACAAAAUCCUAGCACUGGCGUUUUUUUGAGGCAAGAAAAGACUUGGACGGAUUCAAUACGGCGUUUUUCAAUUUACUGUAGGUGAGUUUUGUGCUGGAUGGAUUGUUUACAACUCCCGUGUAUUCGCGUAGAAGAAGCCGUGCGGUUUCGUGAACUCAGCGUUUUCUAACAAGAAAAUUUUGGCUCAGAAAUCGAAGUUUAUUAAUGACAAACAAAUUUAAAAGGAAAUGUUUGCAGAAAUUCUACCUUUCAAGUAAACAGGCAAAAGAAUGACACAGGACAGACUGACAGGAAGACGACGUCUUACCUCGAGCAACCGAGCCGGCCAUUUUUGUCAGCACUUCAUGCGAAGAAGGACACAACAAGCCCUUUUGGCUAUAAACUUGGCGAGUCAACAGAAAACAACAAAGCUCCACUUUUCUUCUCAGGUAAGGAAACAGUUCAAACUUUUAGCGGUUCUAUUUAAGCCAUUACGCUGUUGUUUGCGAAAUGAUAAACUUGUGAAUUGCCAUGUUUGAAAAUUCUGCAAAGAUCUAGCUAUUCACCUUGGUUUCAAAGAAUAAUUGUUGAUUAGUAUAUACCAGAAACUCAUAAGGGGUUUAAACGUGUGCUGGCGUUCAAUGCUCAUGAAUAUUCACUUUUACCAUAUUUGGAAACCUUAGUGGCAGAUAUCCAUUUUAAACAAAUGGCUGCCACUUGAUUACCAUGCAGAUGUUUUAAGACAAGAGUUCUGCAUUUCAAGGUUAAAAAUACACCGUUAAAAGACAAAAAAUGGAAAGAGAAAGAUCCAUAGAAUGCUCAGCUUUCUUUUUUUGGAGGGAGGCAGGGUGGCCGAGUGGUCAGCGCGUCGGACUCGCAAUCCGGCGGUCCCGGGUUCGAGUCCCGCUCUGGCCACUUGCCGGAUUUGUGCUUGGUCGUCCCGAGUUCAAAUUCUCGGCCACGCUUGUAAAUAGCCAACUGGUUGCCUUCUGCCAGUUGGGGUUUUUAAUCCUGUUAUGUUGUAUUUGAAUUAUUUGUUUCUAAAUAUUUGAGUGGAGUGCCUGUAAAUUAGCUGACUAGCUAAGAGCACCUUCCACUAUAAACAUGCCUUUAACCUUAACCUUUAACCUUUCAUCAAGAAAUCGUCCUUCAAGGAAUUCAACCUUUCAAACCUUGUUUUCUUCACGACGGAGCGCAUGGUCUGUUUUGAAAUGCAACCAAGGCAGUGAAGUUUUUCAGGUACAUUUUGCACUCUAUGGCCAAGACAAUUACGUUUUUGAAAGGGAAUUUAUGUAUUUUUAAAUGUUUCAUAGACGUUUUAUAAAUAUUUCUCUUCGGCGAUAGAGAAAAAUUACAAAAUGUGCCCCGAAUUGAGAUGCAUUUUGUGUUGAAUGUUGCCAUGUGCUCAGCCGAUUUCACUUGCGUGAACGGAUCCACGAUCCAGAUAGUGUUUUCCGAAUUGCUUUUAAGGAUUAACUUUUCUUCUCUGUCUAUUGUUUUGAGUUUGUUCAUUCAUAAAAUUAGCUCAAAACACGAUCGUGACUACAACAUCCAAGCUGAAUUAAAGCUUAAAUGCUUCUCACAUUCAUUAAACGCGUCACCUUUUGCGAAGAUGCCAGGCUCAGGUUUUGGACACUUUUCGACACGCAGCUAAUGAAUUUUAUUCGAAAGUAUUUUUUACUGUUAUUAUAGACUUUUAAUAUAAGAAUUAUAAAAGCCUAUUUGCAGUAUAAGUUCACUGUGCAGAGGGUCAACGAAGCAUCGUUUUUUGAAGUGACAACUUCAUGAAGUUGCAAGGACGUCAAUGGGUUUCAUAAUGUUAUGUUUGGGCCGGGUGGUAAGGCAAUAAUAUCCUGCUCAGUGUUUCGGUAAGAUUCCUGGUUUCAACCUUUAAAAGCUUUCUCGGCGUUCGGGAGUUUUUUCCCCGUUUGUCGGCCAUUUUUUUCAAGCGGGCGCGGGAACAUGAAGUAAAACUACGUCACGUUGUUUACGAUGUUUGAUUGGUCAGUUAUCUCUUCUUCUUGUUCCAAACAUGGUACUUUCGAAAAUGAAUAAUCACGAGCAUCGGACAAAGCAAACAUAUGAGAGUUACACGUUUCAACCCCUUAUGAGUUUCUGUAUAUACUAAAACAGUGGAUAGUGUUUUUCGCGCGCUUUGAUUAGCUACUCAAUCAGUGAAUAUCCUGCACUAUAUAUUCACUGAUUCACCUCCAGUUCCUCACGUACGUUGCGAGCAACAUGCCUUCUUGGUUUGCUGCUGUAACAAACAAAGAAAUUUUACAACUAAUCAAGCAAGCUGUUCCCGAAAUACACGAAGAAAGUGACGAAGUUCGGUUUGGAAGUUUUAUCAGGUAGAUCUUUGUCUUUUUGACUCGAAUGUAUCGAUAAGGCCGGUGAAAAAGUUUUUUGUUUGCAAAUACAAAUUAAGCUUUAGUCUUGAGUUACUUUAUUUAGUUGACUUGUUCAUAAAUAAGCUUAAAACUAAAUUUAAUAAUCUUAUUUUACAGAAUGACUUUAAAUACAAAAAGAAUUCACAACUCCUUUUGAAGAAAUUUCCUCGCAAGAGCUAAACAAAUGCCUUCAAAAGUUUUAUUUGUCAGCAAGGAAAAGCGACGGCCGCGGCCGUUCGGUCAUUACGCGCCAAAAUUGUGCUCAAUUAUCUAAAUUAUCUAAUUUACAAUUAUUCACCUUAGUGUCGGUGGCUAGUGGUGGGUAUUUACAUCGCUGCUUCGCCGCAUCGUUGUCUCACUGGCCACCUCCACUUCGGUGAAUAAUUGUUAUUUAUUUAGUAUAUAUGCACACCAAGUGAUCUCAACAAAAUCAGAGAUGAAAGCAUUAAAAGUACGAUUUGAUUGACGGAUCAAAUCACGCGAAAGUGUAAAAAUCGAUCUUGUCAGAAUUUUCAGUUCACAAGUUUAUCACUUCGCAAACAACAGUAUUAUGGCUUAAAUGAAAUCCUUAAGAGUUGGAAUUGUUUCCUCACCUGAGAAGAAAAGUAGAGCUUAUAGGGUAAUCUUUGUAUAAACAAUUUCAAGAAAAUACUUGAAACUGAAGACACCAUCUAAUAUAAAAUUACUAAUACGGUAUUGCUAUUAGAAUUUUAUUGAUGACACUCCAACGAUAUUUCAAUGAAGUUUUAGGUUUUUCUGAUGUUAAAAAUAGCUUGUACUGACAGACCCAGUAUAUGUGAAGCAAAAUGAUUGGAACAUCAACCACUGGCUUUUACUAAAUUAGCCCUUUCCUUUGUAUUUACGCCCAUAAGUAUUUGGUGUGGUGUUCAAACAAACGUACGAAACGAAUUACAGCGAAGUAGAAAAUAGUUUAAUGAACAUUCAGACAUAUGACUGUUGAAAGACUUAUACUAACAUAGUGUGCUCGUGGCAUAUAUCUUGGAAGAGAGUCUUAAUACCACUAUUAGUGGAAAAAGAUAAGAGAUGGAGCAGGCUGGUCGCUCGAAAAUUCACGUCCUGUGUGAUACAGGAGUAUUAUUAUUAAGGAGUAUUGAACUUGCCGAGAUGCCGAAUCACGAUAUAAAGUGAAGUCACCCAUGAACUGUUCAUACAUCACGUCUCCUGAUGUCACAAACUUCCAUUGAAAAAGUUCAUGAAAACCUUUUCUUGAUGUUUGGACGCGGGAAAACUUAAAACCGAGCAAAAACUCAUCGUCCUUUCAUGUCUGCAUCCACCGCCGUAUUUUUUUUGAAAGAAAAUUUGCACUUAGUCUUACUCGACCAAUUUUGCUAACUGGCGCGAUCAUGUAAUCUCGAUUCCAGACCUCGCUGCCAGAAACCCCACUCCUCGGCAUUCAUCAGGCCAGAGCUUUUCCACUUUUGGAAAUGAUAUGAUCCGCGAAUUACCCAAUCACGGUGCAAAUUUGGAGUCACUUGACGCGAGGCUUGUUUUCCUGAAAUUUAUGCAUGACAUUUAUUCGAGAGUCGAGAUUAGUCAACCAUAUUACGUAACAAAAACAUACUGACCUGAAAAGUUAUGAACCCUUUCAUCACUUGUUGGGAUGGACCAUUUGCAGGAGAAGAGAAAAGUGUAUUUGAUAUCUGUUUGCAUGGACUAAAUAACGACAGAGCGCGCGGUCCGAUCGAUCUCCGGAGCUUCUGGUACUUUCCAUGUGGAGUUACAGAAGUAAUUCACCCUUGCCUCGGUUUCCAGGAAGGAAAUCAUGGUUCGGUCUAGGAAAGCGAACUUUGUGAAGACAAUAGUCUAAUGAUAUUUUCUAUUGUUCGGGACAAACUGUUUGCAGAAACAGGAACAUAAUUUUGAUUUCAUUUAGCGAGGAUUUUGGUCGCGGCGAAGCCAAGUGAAUAUUUAUUCUAGGCCCACUGCAGCUGCAUGACAAAACUGAGCAGAGAUUUAUCACAUUCACGGACAUAAAAUCAUUUAGUCUUCCGAUCCAGGCUUUUCAGAGAAAUCUAAAGAAACUUAAACCUUUUUUUACGGUUAUCUGGCUGCAAUAAAAAAUUAUAUCCCUCUAAAAGACGUCAACAAGGAAAAUGCGGAAACUCUGCAUCAGAGGUCAAAUCCUGUCAGUAUUUAAACUGACAGGAAUGAAUCAGAAAAUCAACCCAGCCGGCCAUGACCUCUCAAUGUGUGACGCCUGGCAAAAGUAUUAAGAAAUGUCAAAUUCACGUAUGAACAAUUGGUAUUUUAACAUAAGCCAAAGGUAAUGGUCUAAAGACGCCUUGAUCAGGUUAAUCAUGCUGUCACGUCAUGCUACUGUUUCGCACAUUUCCAAAAGUGGAAAAGCUCUGGAUUGUUAACGACGUUCUGUUGUUAAUCACUUUAGCAUCUGAAAUAAACUUAAAUGUACAGUAAAUAUACCUUCAAACACACCUGAAACCUUAAACAACACUGAAAGCCAAAAUACGGUUAAGCGAUACAGGUUUUGUGAGGUGGAGGGUCACACUUAAUGACCACUCAAGACAUGUAUUUGCAACAGAUUGUACCUUCAUUUUUAUUUUUAGUGUUAUUUUUAUUUCCCCCCAUUUCUUAUUGAUUGGCUGCAAUAGGUUAUCAUCUUGACAUGAGAACCUGUAGAGAGGCAAGAUAUUAAAAGUGGAACUGAUUGUGUCCCCUUCCAAUUAAACAACAUUUUUUUGCCAUGAUAAAAGAGAAAACGUACUGCAAAGAGGUUAAGCGAGAAAACUUAAAAGCAAUAUUAAUGGCACAAAGGUUGAUCUGGCAGCCACAAAUAGCUACUUACUAAUUUUAACAAGCUUCGGCUAUAUAUCAUGGCAAAAUCAUAGAGCAAGCUGCACUUAUUAUUAAUAGAACGGAAAACGAAAACGAAAACUGAGAAAACGAAUUAGUAGACACCAUUGCGUCAAAAAAUUUGGACUUGAUUUAUUUGGUUUUCCACGCUGUUACUAAGGAGAAUGUUUUGUUUUUAAUAUUAGUACUUCCGACACAGUAACUGAACGCUUUUGCCGAAGCAGAAAACAGAGAGACAUAGACAGGGAAAUCGGGAGAAAUGACUAUUGUUCUCGUGACAUUUACUUACAGUCAGUCAAAGCUUCUAGGCCUACAGUCAUUAGUAUGCUAAAAUGCUCAACAGGAGUCUACUUUAUUGGCUACCAUGAAAGCGCGGCAUUCCACGAGUUAAACUAACAGUAACCAAAUCUCCCUUGACUAUUGUUUUCCCUUCAAAACACAUCUAGCAUCCGAUUACUUUGGAACGUGAUUUAUAAACUCUUAUAAGUCUAGGAAGCGUUGACAUGAUUAACACGCCGAAAGGAUAUACAAGUAGCAUUAAAAUUUAAGUGGCCCACCGACCGGUUCCUCUGAUAGAGAAGUGAAAGUAGUGGUGGGGGUGGUAAAAGGGCAGAGAAGGGACUAAUUCAUCUCUGUGGAGAUCAUAAAAUAGUUAGCAAAUGGGCUAAGGUUUACAUAAUGAGGAGUAAUAUGCUCACGAAUAAUACGCCCUACUCCCACAAUACGGAGCCAAAGGAGUACACAGUGCAUGAUAUAUACCUUUACUAUAAAUAUCUUGUUAUUUUUCCUUUCUUGUUUUGCCAUCACUCAGUAUUUAUCAAGGUCCUUAGGGCAACAUUUAAAUACUACGAGUACUUUGAUAUUGGAGCGCCUAAAUGAGCUCUUUACAUCCCAGGUUGGCGAGGAUCAAUAGGUAAAACAUACGCCUGAUUAGCAAGCAAUAUGGCAUUAGAAGGGUUUAAAACCCCUUAAGUACAAAGGCACAAAUGAUAUCCCUCUGAGUAGCACAGUGGUUCGUACUGCUCAAUCAAGCACCAUAAAGGUGUCAUGAAGGCUCUUGUUGUGAUAGCUUUAGUUGGCUGUUUCCUUGGUGCUUUGAUGCAGGCCAUUGUGUCCCACGAGCCUUUUAAAACGUCCAAAAAUCCUGAAAAUGAUGAACGAGAAUCUGACUCUUCUGAUGAGACAGGUGGCGAAGAUGGGUUAGCUGACAAAGACGAAGAAAACUUUGACAAAACUGUGGAAGUUGUUGAGAAUAUCGUGGAUGAUCCUGAAAGGUGAUUAAUUUUUGUGCAGAGGUGCCUGGUUAUCGGAUCUCAAUUCAAGGAAAGCUAUUAUUAUUUACAGUCAGAUAAGUUCACGUUUUACUGCCUCAGUUGCAUUUUACCGUCAUAUUUAUCUUAAACCUGAAAAGGUAAAAAAAAUAUAGGUUUUGUUUUAAUGGCCAGUAAGUUGACGGCCCUCGGAGAGACCUGCAAAAUAAAAUGAAGGCAAAUUUGUACGUGGAACGAAAACAAAAUUAUAAAGCAAUGAGUUCGAUAGUAUUCAAGUGCUUAUUUUGAGGUUACGUAGGACGCAAAAUGAGUUUUGCACCAAAACGAGGCCCUGCAACGCAGAACGUGAAAGAACCUCCCAAACGUAUGAAAAAAAAAUUGAGUCUCCGGCUUGUAUAUGGGUGUACUUUUACAAGUUCAGUCGUUCCCCAUGUGGGCAGACCUGUACUGAAGUGAGAGCUCUGCAGAGACUCUACUUCAGUGGCCCAUCUCCCAGUGAGGGGGUAGAGGAUGGGAGCCAUUGUCGUUUUAGGUCAAUUCUGUGCUGAAAUCAUUACUUAGUACCGUUAUUUGCUCCUGUAGAGUUAUGAUGAAGAUAUCAAACAAAUUUCACGUUAACCAUAAUUAUCUUUUGGGUGAUUUAUGCAGGCAUAGCAAUAAAACUUAAAAAUAUUCGCCCAACUUCAACUUUUUCAAAUGUCCAAACAGCUUCAAUGCCUAAAGAUGGUCUUGAAUAAAAAACUGGACCAUUAUUUUUGGAAUUUAAUUGAUCGGACAAGCGUUUUAGCUUUUUAAAACGAUAGGAAAUAACGUAGCAUUACCCCUUUAAGGCUGUUUGUCGCUCCAUGUAUGGGAAUCCAAGACAGUCGUCUUGGAUUCUCAGGAUCCCAUUCCAUGGAUUCCGGACACAGGGUGCUGGAUUCGAGUCUUUGUCAGUGGAACUUACAUUCUGGAUUCCAAUCUUUAGUAGGAUUCUGGAUUCCCUGAGCUGUAUUCCGGAUUCCAAAGCCCGGGAUUCCGGAUUCUACAAACAAUAAUUUCCCAGAUUCCGGAAUCCGGAUUCCCUUGCAUGGAGCGACUGUUUGUAAUUUGUGUUUAUUGAUCGUCAAUUGAAACAAUAAAUGAGGCAAUCUCUUUGAGGUUAUCAAUUGUUUUCAGUGUGAGUUCCCUUCCUCAAGAUGUAACAGAUCCACUUAAAUGUGACGGAAAUUUGGCAGACAACAACUACGAAGAAGCUGAGGAUGAUGAAAAUGAAGAGAAAGCUGCUAGCAACAGUGAUGAUGUGGACGUCGAAGAAAGUGAUAAAAACCUGGUAAAGCAC